GGAAGGGGAGGGGCCUCGCCGAGCCCAGAAAAACGACAACGCGAGAAAAAUUAGUAUUUUUGCACUUCACAAAUUAAUGACCAUGAGUUCGUUUUUGAUAAACUCCAACUACAUCGAGCCCAAAUUCCCUCCCUGCGAGGAAUACACGCAGCACAGCGGCAGCGCCGGCAGCUCCGCCAGCUACCACCCGCACCACUCGCACCCGCACGCCCCGCCGCCACCGCCGCCGCCGCCGCCGCACCUGCACGCCGCGCACCCGGGCCCGGCGCUGCCCGAGUACUUCCCGCGGCCGCGCCGGGAACCGGGCUACCAGGCUCCCGCGGCGCCGCCGGGGCCGCCGGGGCCGCCUCCCGAGGCGCUCUACCCCGCGCAGGCACCCUCCUACCCCCAGGCGCCCUACAGCUACAGCAGCGCCGGCAGCGCCGCCCCGGGCCCCGAGCAGCCGCCCCCGGGCGCCUCGCCGCCGCCGCCCGCCAAGGGCCACCCCGGCCCGCCCCAGCCCCUGCUCCCAGGCCAUGCCCUGCAGCGCCGCUGCGAAGCAGCCCCCGCCGCCGGGGCCGGCACCGGGCCCGCCUGCCCGCUGCUGCCCGACAAGAGCCUGCCCGGGUUGAAGGGGAAGGAGCCGGUGGUCUACCCCUGGAUGAAGAAGAUCCAUGUGAGCACGGUCAAUCCCAAUUACAACGGAGGGGAGCCCAAGAGGUCUCGCACUGCCUACACCAGACAGCAGGUCCUGGAGCUGGAGAAGGAGUUUCACUUCAACCGCUACCUGACCAGAAGGCGACGCAUCGAGAUCGCGCACACCCUCUGCCUCUCCGAGCGCCAGGUCAAAAUCUGGUUCCAGAACAGGCGCAUGAAGUGGAAGAAAGACCAUAAACUGCCUAACACAAAGAUGCGCUCCUCAAACCAGUCCACACUGAGCCAGCAGUCCAAAGCACAGACACAGGGCCACCCCCAUCCGCUCGAUGGGGCUACACCCAACGCAGCUGCGCUAUAAACACGGCUUUUGGUUUGAGUCUUUUUGGUCUUCUUUUGUUUGGUUGGCUUUUUUUUUUCUUUUUUUUUUUUUUUUUUUUGUCGUUGUUGUUGUUGUUGGUUUUUUUAAUAUAUAUAUAUAUAUAUAUAUAUAUAUACCUAUCUAUUGGGGUUUUCAAGCUGCCUCGAAGUGGAGGCUGGCCUUUUGGACCAAACUGUGUAAAACAAAACAGGAGCAGAAAAGGAAGACGAGACGUGUCCAAGAACGGGCACAUGUUUAAACCAAAACCCGGACGAUUGUCUACAUUGUAUAUAGAUAAUGGUUCCAUGCCCAUCAUUUUUUUCUAUUUAUGGAAACACUCUCUUGUCCUCGGUGUAAGAGAGGGAUGGAUGCUGUCAUGGACGAAUUCUCUGUACCUAAGACGGACUCUUUUUUUUUUUUUUUUUUUUUUUUUUUUUUUUUUUUUUUUUAGGGAAUACGUUAAAAAUAAAAAAAAAACAUUUAAAACAAAGCAAAGAACUCGUGAGACACUUGUGUAAGGCAUUGACUUGAAUAGCGCUGUUUUGUGGUGUGUUCACGGAUUUCUCUGUGCGUGCUCGUGUGUGUGAUGGUGCACAGGCACGUAUACACACACAGACCAACAUGGGAGAACGAACACGUCCACAAGAGGUUAAAGACUUAUGAAAAAGUCCCCUUACGCUGUCUAAAGGAAAAUGUUUUAUGUAUCAAAGGUAACUUAACUGGUUUUAAGUGUAGCCCCCUCAGUAGCUGUGAUCUAUUAGUUUUUCUCCACAUUCCCUAUUGCAUUUAUUUAAAGAAAUAUUGCUAUAAAGGCUGUUGCUGUCUUCAUAUUUGGCACCGUCUAAAUAGUUUGGGUCCAUGUACAAUUUGUGGAUUUUUGGUGUAAUGUAUAACAGUGCCAAAUGCUAGUAAUAAAGAUUAUUCUGUACAAAAGAAUUAAACGCUUGAAACACAAGUCCA